AUGCGCGUCAACGCGCUCUCUCUGCUCACGGCCGUCGCCGUGGGAGGGUUCGAAUUGGCCGCUGCCGAACAUGUUGAACGCCCCCGCUACAUGGCCCGUGAUGUGAAGCGCUUCGUGAGAAAUAACCAUUUGCAGGGUCGAAGCCCCGGCAAUAUCUGGAGUUCUAUCUGGGACAGUAUCCAGGAUGGAACCUACGGCCAGCCCACCACCACCAGCAUUCCUCUGGCGCCAGCUCCUACCGAUCCUGCAAAGAAGAUCAUUGUUAUUGUUUCUUCCGAUGCCAAUGGCAAUCUGCACACCCUCACCACCACGACGGAGUUCUUGACUGCUGGACAGCCGACAGCGAUUACAUCCACCAUCCCCCCCGUCCACUCAGAUCCAAUUCUGACCUCCGUUGUGAUCGCCACAGACACGACUAGCUCGGUUCCCCACAGCGAGAGCAUCCCGGUGCUGCCCAAUUCAGUCCUUCCGUCGGCAUCCUCGACGUCCUCGACAUCUUCGACGAACCCAGUCAUCGCCGCUGUGGGGUCUGUCGUGUCCAGCCUUCCUGAGGUUGGAGCUCCCAACAACGUCGCGACAAGCAGCAGCAGCCCUAGCACUUCCGCCAGCACUGCUGCCUCCGAAUCGCAGCCUCCCAUCGUUGUGGUCAGCAGCAAAGCGCCCGAGGCGGUGCAUACCACCUCAGCUGCCUCGGUCAUCUCGGCUCCUUUAACCAGUUCAGCUGCCCCGGUCACUACUGCCGACCCUUUGCUUGGCGUCAUCUCCAGUCUCGCUGGCGGAAGCACCCGUACCGCGCCUUCGAUCGUCAGCUCCACUGCGCCUGCUUCCGAGUCCAAAGGCCCGAGCCUCUCCACCAGCAGUCCGGCUCUCCCGACCUCGACGUCGGAGCCUCUUCUGGGAGUCAUUUCUGAGAUGCUCGGCAGCAGCACUACUGCCCCCACCGCCAGCGCCAGUAGCUCCAUGAUUCCCGUCUUCGUCCCCGAAGUGUCCAGCUCUGUCGCUAGCAGCGAUGCUCCCAAGAUUGCAACCAGCAGCACGGCCGCACCCAGCAGCACCACCACCGAUGGUCUUCUGGGUGGUCUUAUCCCCAAUCUCUUUGGUAGCAGUACCACCGCUCAAAGCAUGAGUACCGUCACCCCUGAAAGUGUUGCCUCCAGCGGUGCCGCCACUAGCGAAGCUUCUCGAUUGAUGCCCAGCAGUUCGUCGGCCCCAACCACCACCACGACCACCACCGCCGCGCCUCUUCUGGGUGGUGUUAUUUCGAACCUUUUGGGUGGAAGCACUACAACCUCCGCGAGCGCUGCGAGCACUUCCGCUCCUGAAGUCGAGGCCUCCCGUACUGUGGUCAGCAGCUCGAUUGCCCCAACGACCACAAGCGAUCCCGUCAUCGGGCUCAUUCCAGGUCUCCUUGGAUCUUCCAGCAGCAGCACCAGCGUGUCUGUGCCAGAGUCCAAGGCCCCGAACGCGACCAUCACUAACGAGGCUAUGACCACGACAACGAGCGCCUCGGCAGCUCCGACAACCUCGACCGAUCCCCUAGUCGGGAUCAUUCCAGGUCUUCUUGGAUCUUCUAGCAGCAACAGCGCCAACCUGUCGGCACCUGAAUCCAAGUCUCCAACCGCCACAAUCACUAAUGAGGCUAUGAGUACGCCAACGACCGCCUCGGCGGUUCCCACGACUACGAGCGAUUCCCUCAUCGGUCUCAUUCCCGGUCUGCUUGGAUCCUCUAGCAACACUGUUGUUAGCGCCACUGCGACAGACUCGCCCAGCUCAGGUAACUUGACUGGUGAGCUCCAGACAGCCACGGGUAUUCCCACCCCCACCGGCAUUCCCACCUCCGCUGGUGGCCUCCUCAGCAGCGCCGGUCUGUCCAUUCCCUUGCUUGAGACCGCGACCAGCACUUCUGAAGCUUUAUCAACCAUCCCCGUGAGCGUCCCCACUGGCUCUUCCUCUGUUGUUUCAGCCACCACCGGGGGUCUAUUGAGCUCAAUCAUUGGCGGUGCUACCAGUGCUGUCGGUUCCAUCCUUCCUAAUGCUACGGAGGCGUCCUCUGUUCUCCCCACCAUUAGCACUGGCACCGGUAUUGGCGCGAUUCCCACCCCUGGUGCGAGCACGACCGCGGCGGCCACAACCGGUCUGCCUCAAACGUCUAUUCCAUUGAUCAGCUCUGCAACCGCCUCGAGUGGAACCUCCCUGCCAACCUCGCUGCCCACCUCAUUGGGCGUGGUUCCCACCCCCCAUGCGACCGUCAUCAGCUCCAGCUCCACUUCUUCCCCUUCCACCCCUAGCGCGACUUCCGCGACUGUGGUAUCGACGCCUUCUGAGUUGCCUACUCACACUACCUCGACCGCAUCUGAAUCCUCAACUAUCCAGACAUACCCGCCUCAAACGACGGUUGCUCCUCCUUCCGUGGAGACAAGCUCCAGCAACACUCAGAAUUGGAUUCCUUCCACCAUUCUUGUGCUACCAACCACUACCACCUCCGCGGACCCCAACACUGGAACGCAGAGUACUGCCCAAGCCAAGCCAACCACUCUUCCGGGUUCCAUCACCCCGUCCCAAGGUGUGACCGAGGCGCCUUCCGACUCGGUCUUGCUUCAACUCGGAUUCGACAAGCAUCUUCCUUGGACCUUUGUCGCCACGACUCCUCUGUCCUCCUCGCAGAUCUUUGAGUACAUCCCUCAGGCCUUGAAGAACGCUUUGCCCACCGUCAAUUCGACUAUGUGGGCUCUUGAGCCUUACUACUCAUGGCAGACCACUGGGUACAAUGCCACUCUUGCUAUCUUCUACUUCCCCCGGGAGUACGUUCAAGCUCUCGCCGAUCUGAAGCGUAACCCCAUCUCCGCUCUGUACCGCAACGCUGAUAAUUCUGUCGCGACACUGAUGUCCAUGAUCGAUCCCUCGGUCCCCUUGGAAUUUGCUGGCAAUUACCCUGCCUCCAGCGGCGCCUCUUCGUCAGACUCCAGCAGCACCGGAAGCAGCGAUGGCAACAACAGCCAGGGCAACGGCGGAAAUGGUGGCAACGUUGACGGCUCCGGCAACACGUCCAAGGCCAAGGCCAGCUCUGUUGGUAUUGGUGUUGGUGUUGUUGCCGGUGCUGCCGCCUACGGUGCUGGUAUGUUCUGGGUUGCGCGCCGAUACCGUAAGAGAAAGCAGUUGCACAAGCGUUCCAGCUCUACGGUGGAGCAGAUGAGCCAGGGCAUCGGUGCUGGCUCUGUCUUUGGCGCCGGUGGUCGUAUGUCUGGCAGUCAACGCACUGUUCGUUCUGGGCAGGUGAUUAGCGCUCCCGUCAUGGCUGAAAACUCUUUGGGCUGGAAUUAG